UGCGGGUAAGGAAAGGGACCAUUAAACCUCAACCGCUAACCUAGUGGCCACCCCCCAGCCCAGUCCUGCCCAGCCGAUUUGACUGACGGGAGACUUGGAUCGCAGCAAAGACGCACAUGAGAUGCACAAGAGACGCACGAAGUCGAGGGAAUCAGGUAACGCUACAACCGGCACUGGGCAUCAAUACCGCCAACGCAGAAGUACAGUUCCGCUGUGGCAUCGUGUAGCCCAGUCGCAGUUGAGUCCAAUCCCUCCUCCCAGCCACGAACCCACUGGCGUCCUGCGGCCUGCGGGCGAGAUGCAGACGUCGGGAACUAGCUGGCGUGUGCUUGGCUGCUAUGGGUCCCAGCCCGUCCCACCAGUCCCUGAGUCUCUUAGCCCCGUGCAGCAUCCCACAGAUUUUGACCCGAACGGGCAUCGUCAACUCUCACCGCUUCAACUUGCCAUGCCUCUAAAAGCCGCAAAUUUUCUGCCGCCCGGGGGGAGGAGCACCAGACGCGUUGUCUUCUUCCAAAACAGUACCCAUGAGCACCCUUGCCCAUCCAAUCCCGCCCAACCUCUUGUGGCGGUCAGACCCGAAGGCGUCCACCUUCGUCAUCGCACAGCCUCGCAUAGGGGAGAGACGCAGAGGGAAGCCAUGUGUUUUGCGUUUCUGCGUCUCGCUAUGGCUGUCAGUGAGCAGGAGUUAUGUCUGCUUGACAUGCCACCCUUGUCUCUCUUGGCGACGGGAACUGAGCAAACCCUACUUCCGUACCUAUCAGUCGCAUAAGCCUUUCAUCCAUGCUCUGACCCGCUGGGGGAUGCACAUGCGUACUAUAGCGUCCUUGUUGUUUAAAUCUCCGUAUCGAUUCCUGCGUGGCUCCCGUUAGCCAUCAAGUUGGUAUGAACAGAGGAGGUCAAGUUCAUGCUGCCAACUGAGUUGGUG